AUGGCGCCAACGACGACAUUCUUCCGUCCACUGCUUCCUUCUAACAGUUACAAAGCCAGAGAUGUAGCCUACUCGUUUGUCUCAGCUCCUCGUUCCUCAAUCCCCUCUUCUCCGUCGUCUCUUCAGUUUCGCUCGCUUGUUUCAGAUGAUCCGAGAAAGUUAACCGGAAAGCUCAGAAGAGUAUCCUUCAUUGUUUCCGCUGCCCCAACAACUGAUCCUCUCACCGUCCUCGUCACCGGUGCUGGUGGAAGAACAGGUACUCACUCUCUCAGAUCGUUUCGUUUCGGCAAAUUUGUGUACAAGAAGUUGAAAGAGAGGUUGGAUCAGUUUGCGGCGAGAGGUUUAGUGAGGACGAAAGAGAGCAAGGAUAAGAUCGGUGGAGAGGAUGAAGUGUUCAUUGGAUACAUCCGUGAUCCUGCAGCCAUUGCUACUGCUGUUCAAAGGAUUGAUGCUUUGGUCAUUCUUACAAGCGCUGUGCCGCAAAUGAAACCUGGUUUUGAUCGUAGAAAAGGAGGAAGACCUGAGUUCUACUUUGACGAAGGAGCUUAUUAUGAACAGGUUGAUUGGAUUGGUCAGAAAAAUCAGAUAGAUGCUGCUAAGGCUGCAGGAGUUAAGCAGAUUGUUUUCGUAGGGUCGAUGGGAGGAACAAACAUUAAUCACCUCUUGGUAUUGGCAAUGCCAAAAUUCUGGGAUCUCUAUCUUUCUUUGCUUUCUUGA